GCCGCGCCGGGCGGUUUUAUACAGCGGGGCGGUGGUGGCGGAGCCCGUCUCCUGCCUGGAGCCAUGUGGGGCUGGGGGCUGCUCUGCGGCAUCGCCCUCUCGCUGCUGCUGCCGCCCCCUGGAGCGGCGGAGCGGCAGCCCGAGGUGGUGGUGCCGCGCUGGGCAGCCCCGCGCAGCCCCGGCACACAGAAGCAUCCCUUCAGAGCUGAAGUUACAGUAAAGGCAGAAGGCCAGGACCUCAUCUUGGAACUGGAGAAAAAUGGAAACCUCUUUGCACCAGAUUACACUGAGACUCAUUACAGCCAGACUGGACAAGCACAGACCAUCUCUCUGACCCACACGGACCACUGCUUUUACCAUGGGGUCGUGAGAGGCUGGGAGCAUUCCAGUGUCACGCUCAGCACAUGCCAAGGGCUGCGAGGACUUAUUGUACUGAGCAGCAAUUCCAGCUAUAUCUUACAGCCAGCUCCUGACAGCCCAAACCAGCACUUCAUUUACAGGUUGGAUGACUUGAGAUUGCAGAGAGGAGCCUGUGGCUACCAGGGCACUGGGGACACAACCAAAGACUGGCUCAGGGACUUCACAGCUGGGAUGAAACCACCACGCCAGAGGGUGAAACGGGAGGCUCUGCAGGCUACAAAGUAUGUGGAGCUUCUGCUUGUGGCUGAUUAUGCAGAGUUUCAGAAGCAUCACUUCAACAUUGAAGCAACAAGGCUUAAAUUAGUGGAGGCUGCUAAUUACGUAGAUAAGUUUUACAGAUCCCUCAAUAUCCGGAUUGCCUUGGUGGGGCUGGAGAUCUGGAGUAACUGGAAUAAAUGUGAUGUAAGUGAGAAUCCCUACUCCACCUUGAAGUCUUUUCUGGCCUGGAGUAGCAAGGAGCGGGUGCACAGAAAACACGAUAAUGCCCAGCUGAUCACGGGUGUACCCUUCCAAGGUACCACAGUAGGCUUGGCUCCUGUGAUGGCCAUGUGCUCUGAUUUCCAGUCAGGAGGAGUAAACAUGGAUCACUCUGAAAAUGCCAUUGGUGUUGCUGCUACCAUUGCCCAUGAGAUGGGACACAAUUUUGGCAUGAAUCACGAUUCAGCUGGCUGCUGUAAUACACCUGCAGAAGAUGGAGGCUGCAUCAUGGCUUCAGCAACUGGGCACCCAUUCCCCAAGGUGUUCAACCGGUGCAAUAGGAAAGAGCUGGAGAAGUAUCUGCAGUCUGGUGGAGGGAUGUGUCUCUCCAAUAUGCCGGAUACCAGAAAAAUGUAUGGAGGAAAGAAAUGUGGAAACGGCUACUUGGAAGAGGGGGAGGAGUGUGACUGUGGAGAGGUGGAGGAAUGCAAUAACCCCUGCUGCGAUGCCAGAACCUGCUCCCUGAAGCUGGAUGCUGAAUGUGCUCAUGGCAGCUGCUGUCAUCAGUGCAAGCUGAUGUCUCCAGGAACUCUCUGCAGGGAAAGAGCAGGACUUUGUGACCUCCCAGAAUACUGCACUGGCAAGUCACCAUUUUGCCCCUCCAACUCUUACCAAAUAGAUGGGGCUCCCUGCGAUGGAGGAAAGGCCUAUUGCUACAGUGGCAUGUGCCUUACGUAUAAAGACCAGUGCAUACAAUUGUGGGGGCCUGGAGCAAGGCCAGCACCAGAUGCCUGCUUUGAGAAGGUUAAUGCCGCUGGAGACACCUAUGGGAACUGUGGGAAGGACAUCUAUGGCAACUACAGGAAGUGUGAGAUGAGAGACGCUAAAUGUGGGAAGAUCCAGUGCCAGAGCUCUGCUUCCAAACCCCUACAGUCCAACGCAGUGGCCAUAGAUACGACUAUCCUCAUGCAGAGGACGGAGCUGAGGUGCCGAGGGACCCAUGUGUACAGAUCUGACAGUGAAGAAAAGGAGAUGCUGGAUCCUGGCUUGGUGCUGACAGGAACAAAAUGUGGGAGCCAUCAUGUGUGCUUUGAGGGACGCUGCCAGAAUACAUCCAUAAUAUUUGAUUCUGAAAGCUGUAACAAGAAGUGCCAUGGCCAUGGAGUCUGCAAUAACAACAAGAACUGCCACUGCAACCAGGGGUGGGCUCCCCCAUUUUGCAAUAAGCAGGGAAGGGGUGGAAGCUUGGACAGUGGUCCCCCCAUGCCUGAAGGCUCUUCAGCAAUUGCGAUAACUCUUGCAAUCCUGGCUCCCAUUCUCCUUCUCAUCAUCGUGUUUUUAUUCUACUAUCUGAAAUGCUGGAAUAAGUUUGCCAUCUGUUCUCUAAAGAAGACCCCACAGUUCAGUGACACCUCUGGAAAUGGACAUGCAAACCCUGCAUUCAAGUUGAAAACCCCACAGGAGCAAAGGAAGGUGAUUGGCUUCCCUCAGAUCCCAUCAAAACCUCCUCCCCAGCAAGCUCCAGGGCUCCGAAUAAACCUGCAGCAGCCAUCUGCCUUCUCCACUGGCUACAUGUGUGGUGUGGGGCAGUCCAAUGCAAAGGACACUGUCCGUCGGACACCCCCGAGUAGACCGGCACCUCCUGCUCCCAGACCUGCUGUCUCUCAGGAUAUUUCUAGGCCCCGGCCACCACAGAGAGCUUUGCCAGCCGAUCCCAUCCCAAACAGACCCAGAGCCUGGCCAGGGAGCAGCUCUGCCAUCUCACUGCCUCCUGCAAACACUAGAACUCCAGGACAACUCCAGCCUGUGACAGAGAAUACUGGUGUCAGGAUGGCUGGAGCAGUGAAUGUCUUGAAGCCAGGUUCCUGUGGGCACUCAUGAAGCACACUGUUCCUGGCUGGCUCUGACCUUCACAGGGGACUGGAGGGCCUUCAUCACCCAAAAACCCAUUCACGGCCACAGGCAGGGUCUUGGCUCCUCUUCUCCAGCCUCCUCUGUUUCCUGUGUGACUCAACAAGCUGCAGUCAGCUUGGCAGGAGUGCUCCCAGGAGCUGCACUGGUACAUGGCAAGCUGAACUCAACCCUCUCUGCUGAUAGCCUUUUCCAUAUAGGAAUGACUUGUUUCUACGGUAUUUAAAUAUUACUGUGCAAUAUCCAGUGCUGGGAUGGAGGGAUUUCACAUGUUUCUAAUCAGUUAUUUAAGUCUUAACAGGGAGGACAAGCUCUGAGUGCAGAUGCUGGCCUUGAUGGACUUUCAUGUAAGACCCAGCCCUGUUGGCUUCCUCAGCCCAUCCACACAGCUGCAGGAGCAUAGGUUGGUGCUAUACAGAAACCACUGCCUCCUGGGAGAGCGGAAGGCAGCUGUUGAAACUUUCUUUGGCUUAUUCUCAGUUUACAGUGGGUGGCAAAUGAGGCCACAACAGGGAGCAAACCAUGAAAAUAUUCCCGGUUAAGGUAAUUUGUGGGUCACAGUGGAUUUUUAUUAGCUUUAAUAGAGUGGAUUAUUUUCCCCAUAUAGCCAUCUUCAGCAAGAGUGCUGCAACCUGCCUGUCCUCCAGCACUCAGUGCUGUACAACAGGAAAGCAUCCCCAGUGCAGCCCGUGUGCUCUCAUCCAUGGCACUGGGACACAGCCAAGGUACGACAGGGAAACUGAUAAGAGCAAAUAGCCAGAAGGAAACUCAGCAAAACCCAGCACUGAAAUCUUCUCUCCAACAUGCGGUACCAUGGAUCAGUGACAUAUCUGUAUGUGUCUCCUCAGGCUUCAGCCUGUGCUGAGCAGUAGCUCAGCAUGGGCUGUGUGCUCCCCAUACCGGUGAGAAACCUACCUUCGAAUUGCCCAGGUGAUAAACCAACACGAAUAUUACCGCAACACAUGGUGCUUUUGUAGGGCAGCUCAUUUACUCCAGGCUUUUUCUCCAGUAUGUGGAUGGAGAGAGCUGUCUGUGUGCACUUUAAGCAGCUGAUGGUUCUGACCCUGAGGACCCUCCCUUAUGACUUUCUUCAUUUCUUUUCCUCCCAAGAGUUUGGGCUGUUUUACAUUGUUUUUUCCUCACGAUUUUAAAUUAAGACCUUUAGUUAUGCCAGAAUGUUUCCUUUUUUCUUUUUUUUUCCUUGAAAUGAUUUCCUUGGAGAACCCAGGGAAUGCUGGAGCUAUGGUUACAACAGUUCUGUUGUGUCUGAUUUUUAUUAUGGACAAAUCUUCAGUGAUUGCUGCUGUGCAUGUGAGAAACUGUAUUAUUGGCAUAAAGAAAAGUCUUGUCUGAUGGUUCUUUCCCAAAGCUCCACUGACUGAAAAAGACCCAAAAUAUAGCAAAACAAAUAAGCCCCAAGCACUCAUUAAAUGUGCAGUUAUAUGUAGCAGUUAAAUUACUUAAAUCAUAGUAGGAUUUGCAACUUCACUACCUCUUUCUCCACAAGGAAACAGUACACAGGGUCUGUCUUGAAUUUCUCAUAGAUUAUUCCUUGUCUUGACCAUUUUGGCCCUUUUGUUACCUUCUAGAUGCCUGGAACAAAACCAUCCUAAAAUACUCCCCAAAAUAAAGGAUGGCAAGUGAAAAGACAUCAGCUUUCUAACCUUUUAAUGUCUUUUUCUGUAGUUGGAAUAUAUUACAUAUAAACAACCUAUUAUCAAACAACCCCCAAAUUUGCUGUUUCUUGGGGCGCAGCUAAUGUUGCUAUGUAAUGGUGUGUUUUACUGCUCACAGGUGGAGCAGUAGGCUGGGCACAUGCUGUACAUACACUGUAGUAGUACAGCUUCGACCACAAGAACUUGACCUUGUAUCUGAGCCCUCACUGAAGACAGCAGCAGACUUCUGCUGCAAUCAGUGAUCUUUAUCAAAUGGCCACCAAAAAAUAUGUGAUCACAAAGCCCAUGGGCACACAAAGCUCAGAGAACAACGGCAUGUGCACCCAAACUCUAAUGGAAAACCUUGUCACUGGAAUAUCGUAAAGUCUCCAAAAGGUAGUUUUAAAUCCUUAUUAGUUUUCAUAUAUGUGCAAGUUGAGUGAAUGAGAAUGAGGGAACUGUGGGAGGAGUGAAGAUGGUGAAACCUUGGGAGAACACAUACCAAAAUACAUCUCACUUUCUCCUGUGUCCACAUAUUAAUGGUUUACAAUAAUGUUCUCUAUGCAAAUACUUGAAGAAUGCAAUUCAUUGUGCCUUUUGCCUGGUUUUAAUAAAUUUGUCAGUUGUCAUUAGCAA